GUUAUUAUAAGUGUUUAUUUUACUAGAUUGUGGCGGACAUGCAUAUAUAUUUUCGAUUACACAAACAGCCGUAACUUUAAAACAGUAUCGGGUUUAUUCUUGUAUUUCUCCAACUUUCACGGAUUAAACAAUUAAUCUUUGUUGAAUGGCUUCAAGAUUCCUACACCGGUAACGCUUCGAUAACUUGGGUAAACUGAAAAUACGCCACAAGCACGCGAACAAGGAAAAUAGAGAACAUUUAAGUUAAAAUUUAAAUGUGCAAUCUUUACAAAAGAGCUUUGUAGCUGUCGCUGGUUUUAUUCAUGAAAUCUUUCAUUUGAAUCGGCUAGCUCAAAAGCUAGCGUUAAAAGCGGUUAUUUUGAAUGUUGUUAAAAAGUAAAAGGAAGGAAUGAGUGACAAAGUUUAGUUGGAUUUUUCGAUUUUCUUUCAAGUGGCAAGGUGUCAUACAACUUCACCCUAGGUAAAAACGUUGAAAUAAAACCUGUGCUUGACCCCUCCAAGCUUCACUGAAGAGGUUUGCUUCACUGGCAUAAUAGACGGUGUUAAAACUUUAAAGGCAAUACACUCUUUUCAAAAUAACGUAGUAAAAGCGACCUACUUAAUACGGUAGUAUGAGAAGUGAACGGCUUAUUGUACCUGACCAAGUCAGUGAAACAGUGUCGCUGUGUCCUUUACCGAAUUAUGAGGAGAGACGGUCAGCUAGUUAUGUGGAUUUUGUGACAAUGAAACGAUAUAAUGAGGGGGUUAGAAUGGUUCCCUGUCUAACACCGGUGGCGUAUAGGGAUACUAUAGUCUGCUUACCAGAGUCUCAAAGAAAGAGAUAUAAAAGUCAGACAUUAUACCAACCAAUAGUGAAACCAAGGAGAUUCAGUGAUACCCUAAUAAUAUUCCCGAAAAGACCCGAGAAGAGUUAUGUGACAUGUUUGGAUUACCAUAUAGACGAGUGUAGAAGGUGGUUUAAAACCACUCUAGAAUUUAAAGCUAGGACCUACACUACAAGUAAGAUAAUCAACGAGAAAGAUGUUGACACAAGUGAUGAUGAUGCUAGUGAGGAUGAAAGCAAGGAAGAUUUGUAUAUUACGGAUGGUCCAGGGGCAUCACAAAUUUUUAUUCCAAGAUGGAAUAAGGACCGUUACGAUGAAAAUAAAAACGUGCCACGGAUUGUGAACGGAGAGUUAUUGUUAAAUGGAUUUUAGUGGAAUCUUACAAGCCAGUCCAACUCUGGAGCGAUAGUUAAUUUGUUAAAGGGUUGUGCAUAGUUCUAUUAUUGUGACGACGAAAUACGUCAUUGCAUGUUUGUGAUAAUUUUUUCGACUUCUUCAAAGUUUCGACAAAUGUUAUAUGAUAUCAAAAUAAAAUACCGCAAAUGUUCAUCGAAUAAGGUUCAAGCGUAUACGAGCUAGCACUAGUCACUUAUAAUUAACAGAUAUUUCAUUUUUGUGUGCAAAAAAAAUUAAAUAAAUACAGCAUACAUACAUGUAUGAAAACGUGUAAGUAUAAAAUCUGGAUAUAUUUGCAAAGAUGAUGAUAUGAUUGAAAACGUCUUAACAUCAUUCAGAAGUUUACUUUUGUUGACAAACAAGUUGAACUGAUUUACUUAAUUUUAUCGCCUCAGUACUUUUACCAAUCUAAAGUGAAAUCUUAAGUUCAACAGACCAUAACAACUUAAAUCUACCUGUAAAUUUUCAUUUACAUUUUACCUAUUCAUUAUUGUCUUGCACCUCUCUAGUUGUGAAAUUAAUGCAGCUGAAUUCGUAAUGAAUUGUGCUGCAUACUGCGACAUUUAUGAUGUUUUAAUUAUAUUUUAAUUACCGAGUUAUAUAUCAUUUGUUAAAUGUGCAAUAUGAUGCAUGUCCCAUGAAAUAAACUUUUUAUUAACCAGUC